AUGUUCCUUGAAGUGCCAUUACGAUCCGCAUCAAAACUCACCAAAAACAAUCCCAAGAGACAACUUACUCCACUCAACUUCCUUUGCCAACAAAAGGGGCCAAGUCAUCUUUUGAAACGGAUAUCAGUCCCAUCACAUAUCCGAAACGAAAUCGAGAAACGGACCUAUGCACAGACCCUCCCUGAUAACUCUUGCAUCUUCAUGGGUUCUAUGAAAACCACCGUGUUCCCAUUUAUCCCCCACGGAGCCUGCCAACGCAGUCGGCAGCCUACAUCCUCAACCAAGAGGUCGUCAUCAGACGAAAAGGGUGACUGCGAGGGAUUUGGUGGAAGAGACGCUUUCAAAGAAUGUUGCGCCGCGCCAUACGCAAGCGUUGCGUAG